AUGAUGCGCUUUGUGACAAUGCGGGCGUUUGCGGGGGCGAUGCGCCAGGGAGCGCGGAUGCAGGCGCGUCCGUGGGUGCGCACCGGUGCGGUGACUGCUGGUAUCCUUGGCGCCACUGCGCUUGCUGCGCCGCUGUACCUUGACGCGCCGCCGAGCACCGAGCGCCUGGUGCAGGACAAGGCGACGUCCAUGGCGCUGCCUGCCGAAAUGACCGCAGGGAAGAGCACGCUGCGGCUUGUCGGCCUCGGCGUGCGCACAGUGACAUUCAUCGGAAUCCACGUUUAUGUUGCCGGCAUCUAUGUCGAAGAAGGCGCGCUGGCAGAGUCGAUGCGCUCGCUCGCUCCGCCGGCGGACCUCGAGGCCCAAUUUGCGCAGUGGCUCGAGCGUGGCGUGCCGUGUGCGGUGCGCAUCAUGCCCGUGCGCUCGACCGACUUUAACCAUCUGCGCGACGGCCUCGUGCGCGCGAUCAACGUGCGCGCGAAAGACGCGCGUAAGGAAAGCAGCCCCUACCUGCUGACGCGCGACGCCGAGUCUGUGCUCGCGAGCAACCUGCGCGACCUGAAAGCGCUCUUCCCCAAGAGCUCUGUGCCAAAAGGCAAGAUGCUUGACUUGAUUGUGCAGCGCACUGACAACGCGUACACGCUUACGCUGCAGUUUGACCACAAGCCGCUCGGUACGGUGGUGAGCAAUGUGCCUGCGUCGGUGGCGGCACUUCCCUUUGCGAUGCCGAUGCACCUGCUGCUCGCGUACGUCGGUGUGCGUCCCGACAUUAGUGCGCCGCUGCGUGCGUCGCUCGCGGAUCAUCUCCACUCUUCUCUGCCGUAG